UGUAUAUUAUACACGUUUUCAAUUGAUAGAUUCCAUGUUAUAAUUGUUUUAAAUAAAGGACAGCCAUUCAAAGAAUUUAACAUUUCUGUGUUUUCUGUUCUUAAGAAGUGUGUAGAAAUUCAAUGACGCGACUGAUGACUCUUAUUGGUUUGCUAGGAGUUAUCUCGUCUAUUAGUGCACAGACAGACGCACAUGUCGGCAGGGGCCAACUUUCUCCUCCUGGUGCAGAGGAUCUGCUAGAGGUGGCUGGGCGGCUGUGUACUGCUGUACAGUAUGGAAUGGAGCACAGCAACUGGUUUCACUACAGGAAUUUUGGAACUUGGUCGUAUGAAGGUGCCAUGGUAACUCGUGGACUUUGGGAACUUCAGGAUACCUUACCUGACCUAAACCUUGAGCCGUUUCUUCACAAACAUCUGGACUUUUUCCUGGAGGAAGAAGAUGAGUUCGGAUACAGAAUACUUCAUAAUGAGUCCCUUACCUAUAAUGAUAGUUCAGUUGUUUUACCAUGGAUCUACUCUAUUGGGGACAACAUCGGUCUUUUCCCUGUUGUGUACGUUGACCGUCUCAAGUAUGGAACUUUACAAGGUGGGCACACAGUGGAAGAAGAUGUUUAUGUUAUUAGUGAAGUUGUGGAGAAAUACAUAUAUGGAUAUCCCUGGCAUCUUCCAGACGGAACAAUUAGCCGGCCAAUCACAUGGAUGGAGGAAGGAUUUCUUGAUAUGAGAGGGGGAGGGGUAUGGGUUGAUGAUAUGCAUAUGGGAACAGCACUCCUAAUUGAAUAUGCACUUAUCAGUAAUGAUAUUUCCCAUCUUGUGUAUGCUGGUCACCAGCUCCUUCUUAUGUCCGCAAUAUUGCAGGAUGAGUUAGGACUAAUGAGACAUGGAUAUCACUUCUGGACAGAUCAUUACUCUUGUUGCUUCUGGGCCAGAGGAAAUGGCUGGGCUUUAGUUGCAUUUACGGAGUUUCUGAGUGCAGCGGAUUCCAUGGAUUUAGUGACUCAUGAUCCAGACAUGUAUAUGAGGGUUAUGGACCUCUACAAUUCUCAUCUUGGAGCAAUUCUCGGCAGAAGGGGUGAGAACGGGUUGUGGACAAAUAUUCUAACAAACAACUCAACAUUCUUUGAGACUUCAGCUUCUGCAAUGUUUAUGAUGUCACUUUCAAGGGGAUACAGAAAUGGUUGGAUCUACGUGGACCAGGAUUUUACUGAUACAAUUCUACAAACUUGGAACAGUUUAUUAAACAAUAUUCUUCAGGAUGGAACAGUUACAAACAUAAUCGGUGGAACAGGUAUCAAGGAUAACGAGGAAGGAUAUACUCCAGAGAAUACUGAUUAUCCAAACUCUAGUCCUGGGAUAGGUGCUGUGCUUAGAGCAACUGCUGAGGUCUCGAGGUUCCUGGCCUGGAAAGAGAAGUCGCAAAGUUGAACUCUAUAAAUAUAUGCAACUAGACGACUGGGGCAAAAAUUAUGCGGAUUAACUCCAAAUAUAAUAUACAAUAGUAAUGCGGCAAAUGUUUUGAAAAUAAAAUAAUUUAGAUAAU